AUGACCACAGUCCUUCCUUCUCCUAAGAAGCCUGCGUCAUUGAACGAGAGCAUUGACGAGAAGCAGGGCAUCAAAGACAGCUCUUCGGACGAGCCGCCUCUGCAUCUAGGCGCACCCAUCGACGAUCAUUUACCUCUCUGGCAACGCGAAAAAAAGGAUCUCGAUGCUAUCGCGACACAACCAUCUGUGUUUGAUGACCCAGUCAUGUCGGAAGCGUAUCGGCCACCAGCUCAAUAUGAGAAUGCGCAUCGUUUCGAUCCUAACGCUCGGUGGACAUGGCGAGAGGAACGGGCUGUUGUUCGCAAGAUUGACUGGAAGAUCAUGGUUUGGGCCUUCAUCAUGUUCUUCUCGCUGGACUUGGAUCGCGGCAACAUCUCGCAAGCAAAUACCGACAAUUUUCUCGACGACCUCAAUCUGACCACUGAUGAUUUCAACUUGGGUAACACACUGUUCCGAUUGGCGUUUUUGAUUGCCGAGCUUCCUUCGCAAUUGGUCUCGAAACGAGUAGGGCCUGAUGUCUGGAUUCCUUCUCAAAUGGUAUUGUGGAGCAUUGUUUCUUGGAGCCAGUAUUGGUUGUCGGAUCGUCGUUCAUUUCUAGCCACGAGGUUCCUGCUCGGCUUCCUUCAAGGUGGAUUUAUUCCCGACGUGGUCCUAUAUCUUUCUUACUUCUACACGAAGAACGAAUUGCCCAUUCGUUUAGCUUUCUUCUGGGUGUCAAACUAUCUCACGCACAUUGUCAGCGCCUUUUUGGCCGUGGGCAUCCUUCGUCUUCGAGGGCAUAACGGCCGAGCAGGAUGGCGAUACCUGUUUCUCCUGGAGGGAGUGAUGACUUGUUUGGUGGGUUUGAUUUCGUUCGCGAUGAUGCCACCUGGCCCCACACAAACGAAGGCCUGGUACAGACCUAAGGGUUGGUUUUCCGCACGCGAAGAAGUCAUCAUGGUGAACAGAGUUCUCCGUGACGAUCCUUCCAAAUCGGAUAUGCACAAUCGUGAAGGAUUAUCUAUCAAAAUGAUUUGGCAAGCCCUGAAAGACUGGACCAUGUGGCCAAUAUAUGUUCUCGGACUAGUGCACAUGAUACCCGUCGGUCCUCCUCAGGUUUACCUCACAUUAUCUCUCCGCAAUCUUGGUUUCUCGACCGCGAUAUCCAGCCUCCUCAGCAUCCCAGCCUACGUGAUUGGUAUUUUGGGUCUCGUCUUCGCUGCGUACUUUAGUGAGAUCACUAACAGUCGAGUGAUGGCGACAAUCAUCCUGCAAAUCUGGGCCCUUCCACUCCUAAUUGCUCUGUACACAUUCGACAAGAACACGUCUGAAUGGGUGUAUUUUGCCGUCGUCACACUAAUCGUCGGUUUCCCAUAUGUACAUCCCGUACAAGUCGCUUGGGCAUCGCGAAACUCGUAUAGCGUCCGAACGAGGACAAUCUCAGCUUCGGUCUACAAUAUAUUCGUACAGGCUGGUGCUGUCGUCUAUGCCAAUAUUUAUCGUACGAGCGACAAACCCUUGUACAAGAAGGGAAACCGCGCGCUGAUCGGCGUCUGCGCCAUGAACAUUGUGAUCUAUAUUGGCACCUACUUCUUUUACCAGACUAUCAAUAGAAGGAGAGACGGCACAUGGAAUGCCAUGAGCCCAGAGGAACGAGCAGAGUACAUUGAAACCACAAAAGACGUUGGAAACAAAAGGCUAGACUUCCGUUAUGCAUACUAGCCGUCGCAAUGACCGUUGCAUGUGCUAGAGAUGCAUCUAUGGCUAUAUAUAUCAUCUACAUUGAUAGUU